GGACCGUGGCCCCUUCUUAAGCCCGCAGAGCCUCUGGCUGCCCCUCAUUCGCCUCUCCCGUCCGCCUCCCUCCCGCGCGAUGGCCUCGGCACUGAGCUAUGUCUCCAAGUUCAAGUCCUUCGUGAUCUUGUUCUUCACCCCGCUACUGCUGCUGCCACUCAUCAUUCUGAUGCCCGCCAAGUUUGUCAGGUGUGCUUAUGUCAUCAUCCUCAUGGCCAUUUACUGGUGCACAGAAGUCAUCCCUCUGGCUGUCACCUCCCUCAUGCCUGCCUUGCUUUUCCCACUGUUGAAGAUUAUGGACUCCAAGGAGGUGUGUGUCCAGUACAUGAAGGACACUAACAUGCUGUUCCUGGGUGGCCUCAUCGUGGCUGUGGCUGUGGAGCACUGGAACCUGCAUAAGAGGAUCGCCAUUCGCACACUUCUCUGUGUUGGGGCCAAGCCUGCACAGCUGAUGCUGGGCUUCAUGGGUGUCACGGCCUUCCUGUCCAUGUGGAUCAGCAACACAGCCACCACCGCCAUGAUGGUGCCCAUUGUAGAGGCCGUGCUGCAGCAGAUGGAGGCCGCAAACGCAGCCACUGAGGCCAAUCUGGGGGCCCUGGAGCUGGCAGACAAAGGCAAGGCCAGUGAGCUGCCAGGGAGCCAAGUGAUUUUUGAAGGCCCUGCUAUGGGGCAGCGGGAGAACAGUGACAGGAAGAGCAUGUGCAAGGCCAUGACCCUGUGUGUGUGCUACGCGGCCAGCAUCGGAGGCACUGCCACCCUGACCGGGACAGGACCCAACGUGGUGCUCCUGGGCCAAAUGCAUGAAUUGUUUCCCGAAAGUAAAGAUACUGUGAACUUCGCCUCUUGGUUUGGAUUUGCCUUUCCCAACAUGGUGGUGAUGCUGCUUUUCGCCUGGUUGUGGCUCCAGUGUAUUUAUAUGAAAUUCAAUUUUAAAAAGUCCUGCGGCUGUGGGUUGGAGAGGAGGAAUAAUGAGAAGGCUGCUUACAAGGUGCUGCAGGAGGAGUACAGGAAGCUGGGGCCUUUAUCCUUCGCCGAGAUCAACGUCCUGCUCUGCUUCCUCCUGCUGGUCAGCCUGUGGUUCUCUCGGGACCCUGGCUUCAUGCCUGGCUGGCUGUCAGUCGCCUGGGCGGAGGGCGAGACAAAGUAUGUCUCUGAUGCCACCGUAGCUAUCUUCGUGGCCAUAUUGCUAUUCAUUGUGCCUUCUCAGAAGCCCAAGUUCAACUUCUGCAGCCAGACUAAGGAAGAAAGGAAAACUCCAUUUUAUCCUCCUACAUUGCUGAAUUGGAAGGUGACCCAAGAGAAAGUUCCCUGGGGCAUUGUGCUGCUACUGGGGGGCGGAUUUGCUCUGGCUAAAGGAUGCGAGGUCUCAGGGCUGUCUGAAUGGAUGGGAAAGCAGAUGGAGCCCUUGCAUGCUGUGCCUCCGACAGCCAUCACCUUGAUCUUGUCCUUACUUGUUGCUGUGUUCACUGAGUGCACAAGCAAUGUGGCCACCACCACCCUGUUCCUGCCCAUUUUUGCUUCCAUGUCACGUUCCAUGGGCCUCAAUCCGCUGUACAUCAUGCUCCCCUGUACCCUGAGUGCAUCCUUUGCCUUCAUGUUGCCCGUGGCCACUCCACCUAACGCCAUCGUGUUUGCCUAUGGACACCUCAAGGUUUCUGACAUGGUGAAAUCAGGAAUAGUGAUGAACAUAAUUGGACUGUUCUGUGUAUUUCUGGCAGUCAACACUUGGGGACGGGUCAUAUUUGACUUGGAUCGUUUCCCUGACUGGGCCAAUGUGACGCAUAUUGAGACUUAGGAAAAGCUAUAAGACCAUGACACAGCCUCCGCCUUCCUGAGGACUUCUGAACCUUCUGGCACACGUUACAGCAGAGCUUUGGGGUUUAUACCCUCAAAGUGACCCACUGAU